AUGGGUAACUAUUCAAGAAAACUAGAAGGUACGAACGGGUACAGCAAGAAGAAGAAGCAAAAGGCGUUCUGCCGAGAGAUGCCGACAAGAUUGCCGUUUCAAUGGUUUGGGGAUGGUGCUGGCGUUGGCGUGAAAAGCAGGCCGCGUCGGGAGGGAGCGGUGGGUGUGGGGCACCAAGCGCCGUUGACGUUGCUUUCUUUACCCGAUGAUUUGCUCUUGCUGUUAUUUCGUCAUUUGUUGUCAACGCCUUGUCCUACCUUGCCGUUGUCCGCCCGGGCGCUGGAAUCGUCUGCGAGUGCGUUUGCUUUGGCUGGAGCAUGUUCGCGGUUGAGAAUGUUAUUUCGAUUGUGUGUGCCCAGUCUUGCGAUUGAUUGGCAUACGCCUGUGUAUCCGCAUGUGUUAGCGUCGACGUUUGCGCCGGCAUUGAGGGCGUUGCAGGUGCACGGCCAUCCGAGGGCGGACGUAUUGUUGAGGGAGCUUGCGGCCCAUCCGGGGCCAUUGAAGUUGAAACGACUGGGGAGUGACGCGGUUUCAAAUGCAGGGAUGGGGUCGCUGCUGAGGGGCUGCGGCAAGACUCUGACGCAUUUCACGUGGGAGAGCCCGCGGUGUCGGAUGCGGGGCUCAACUAGGACCGGUGUGGGGGUUGCUGUAGGAGUUGCAAACUUGUCAGCCAAAGUUCUGGCCCGGACGCUGGCUGCGAAUUGUCCGAAUUUGCUGCGGGUUGAGGUGAACGGACUGAGACCCAGGGAACGCGUGGAACGGGGAAGAUGCGACCUGGCGUUUAUGGAGCUUGAGGAGGACGUGAAGAAGGUGGACGUGUUUAUCGAUUACGAGCACCUCUCCUUCGAGGGCAACCUGAGGCACGCCGUUUUGGACGAGCGGUACAAGUUCAAUUAGCAAGUGCUUCCGGGGUGGAACAGAGAGAGGGAAAAAACUAAUAGAUAUACAGAUACUGUAUUGUAGUGGCACAAAAAAUCAAGCAGGCAGAACUGUUGAUGCGUUUCGCGAGCGGCGUCUCGAUC